ACGAAUUAUGAUCUCACAAAGUAGAUUGGCCCCAAUUCCAAAUUCUAGCGCGUCCUUAUAUGCCAUAGUAUCAACAUCGACUGUAAACAAUCUGACGGUCGAACUGAUUCGCCAAAUCGAUGGGUCCUACUUCGUAAAACACAUGAACAGUUACACUUUGUUCUGUGUGCCCUCCGUACCAGAGGCAUGCGCGAUGGGAAGGGCUCCUGCCUCUUGCUUCAUCCUUUUCCGAUCAAAAAUUCAAGGCUGCUUGGUUUCACUUAAUUUAAGAUUAGAACGAAGAAUAGUAUCAAGACACGCAGCCAAUCUCUGGAGAGGGAUUAACAUCAAUGAUCCCCUUCUCUCGGAUACGUUUAGACGGAUUUAUGACGCUGCACUCUAUCAAUUUAACUCUAUGCAAAUGAGGAUUCGUAUUGUUAGGCCACCUGCUUCUCCGGAGCAACCUCUUGAAUCUGUUCCUACAAUCGAUGGAUUUGAUAACUCAUUCAAUGGGUUGCUAACUCAGCUAUUCAAUUUGAAUAGUAGCGAUUAA